AUGUCUAUACCUCCUUUAAUGCAAAGUAAAAUAAUUAAAUAUCUAUGUGAAAAAGGUGAUGUGUGGAUAGUGGAAGUAUCUUUGGUUAGCAAACAUUUCUUUAAAAUCGUAAAAGAAAUAAUAGGUUCAAGCAUUAGAUUCGAUUUUGGUAUAUCAUCAAAUAAUAUGCUUUCAAGUGGAAGUCAUGAAGAUGAAAUUAUUUUCAAUAAUUUUUGCAAUGCUAUCAUUGAUCUUAUCAUAUCCAUGUCUUUCUUGGCCAAACUUCUCAAGAGUGCUCAAUGGACAGAAUGGAACAAAACCAAAGAACUUCAACAUCUACCACGGAUUAAAGUUAGGAUGCUUCAUUGUGAUGGAUAUUCAAGUGAAAUCAAAUGGGUUUUGAAGAAAAAUAGAGUUGCAAAAUACAUCAGUGAAUUCAGUUUGUAUGCCGAUUUUGAGUGUGAAGAUUUAGGUCGCUUUAAACUACCACGAAGUUUGAAGAGAUUAACCAUCUUAGCUUCUGAUGAUAUGGAUAGUCUACCUUCAGAUUCAAUGCAAAUCGAAUAUUUUCUUCAAGGAUUAAGAAAGUGUAAACAAUUGCAACAUCUAAGCUUUCAAUCAGGAAUAUUCGAACGAUUACUCAGCAAGGAAAGUGGAUUAUUUUUUUGGUACAUCAUAUCUCUAAAGAAACUAAAGAGUUUGGAGAUUAUCGGAAUAGCCGAAUCAAUACGGGGGGUUGGAUUUGGAGAUGGUGAACCUGAAUGGAAUGAUCAGAUCAUCAAUCAUUUGAAAGCUCACAAACAGAUCACAGAGUUUUCGUUUGGUUUGGCUUACAACAUUGAAGUUUUACAUCUUCAACAAUACCAGCUAUUGGAAUAUCUAUUCAGUCAAGACUGUGUCGUUCAGAGAAUAAAAGCAUUGUCGAUGUUGUCAAAUGAGAUACCAAAGAUUCAAAGGAACAUUCAAUAUCUAUUUGUUGGUAUAGAGAUGUCUGUUGGGCAUUUUACAAUUGAAAGUUUAGAAGGACGUUGUCGAUACCCUUUAAUGGAAAUUAAAAGAUACAGUAGAACAGAAGAACAAUCUCUUCUUGCAAAACAAGAGAUAGAACAUCAAGUUCAAGUAGCUAUCAAUGAAUUCAAUUAUAUCGAUCAUUUGGUGAUUUGUGAUUCAAUGGAAGAGAGGAGAGACGACUUCAAUCAGAUCAAUGCAGACAGCAAUCACACAAAAUCUAAAAACUAUUUCUUUGCACUUGACUAUUUGGAGUUUGUCGAGCAACUUAGAGUUGGAAGAGAAUCAGCAAAUCAGAAGAUUGAAAUACGUCUCAGUAAUGAAAUGCAAAAGUAUUGGAUCAUUUUGGGUUGUCCAAACAGCGAAUAUAGCUAUCUAGAUUCGGAUGAUGACAAUGAUUCAGAUUACUCAAGAAAUAAUGAUGAAGAUUAUGAAGAAUAUUUUGAUGACUCUGCAUUCGAAGACUCUGAAUAUGAAAAUGAUGAAGAAACUGCUAUCUCUAUAGAAAUAGAAUCAAAUAUUAAUAAUUAA